AUACCUCUGUACACAGAACAUAGAACCAGCCUUUCCUGUGGAAAGCAUUUGUGAUUAUUUCCUAUAUCCUUUUUAAAGUCUGUCGCUGCACCUCUAUUGGGGCCAUGCCCCACCUGAUAAACAAUGACUCCUCCUUCAGCUCCACCCAAGAGUUUCUGGUCCUACAGGACAGUCCACUGGGACCCAGUCCUGACACCCCCAGCCCGGUGGAGUCACAGGGCUCUGGUUCAGGCUGCUCAUCUGCAGAUGCCCACACUGUGAUCCAAAAGACAGACAAAUUAGGGGCUGAGCUCACAGAGCCACCCCUCGGGAUAAAGUUUGUCCCCACAGACUCUGAGAAUCUUUGUGGAUGGGGAUCAUUGACUCCACAGUUUACUCAGAUCUUCAAUACCCCCCGCUGGGUUCUCUUCUUCCUCUGUGUGGCCUCCUUCCUCCAGGGCAUGAUUAUCAAUGGCUUCAUCAACACCGUCAUCACCUCCAUCGAGAGACGUUUUGACCUCCGCAGCUACCAGGCGGGACUCAUUGCGAGCUCCUAUGACAUUGCUGCUUGUGUUUGUCUGACUUUCGUAAGCUACUUUGGUGGUACUGGCCAUAAACCUCGAUGGCUGGGCUGGGGUGUGCUGAUCAUGGCACUGGGGUCACUGGUCUUUGCCCUCCCCCAUUUCACAACACCACCCUAUCAGGCGAGAGUACCGGAGCGCAUGGGACUGUGCUCAGCCAAUCACACGGAGACAUGUGUAGGUGAAGAAGGAGGGCUCUCAACUUACCGCUAUGUCUUUAUGCUGGGACAGUUUCUACAUGGGGUAGGGGCGACCCCUUUGUACACACUCGGGGUCACCUAUCUUGAUGAAAAUGUCAAGUCAAACUACGCACCUGUAUAUAUUGGGAUCUUCUACACUGCUGCCAUUGUAGGACCUGCGGCUGGAUACUUGUUGGGUGGAUUCUUUCUGAACAUUUACACAGAGAUUGAUCAAACGACAGAGCUGACUCCAGAGAACCCGCUUUGGGUGGGGGCUUGGUGGAUUGGUUUCCUGGCCGGAGGGGCUGCAGCUCUGCUUAUUGCAUUGCCUCUACUGGGUUACCCACGGCAAUUACCAGGCUCUCAGCGAUAUGUGGCCAUGCGUGUCUCAGAAGCCCACCACCUGAAGGAUGGCAGCCAGCUGACCGCGUCUGAUCCUCAGUUUGGAAAAACAGUGAAGGACAUGCCAAGAUCAAUGCUGCUUCUCUUGAGGAACCCUACCUUUAUCUUUUUGUGUCUUGCUGGAGCCACAGAGGCCACGCUCAUAGCUGGGAUGUCUACAUUUGGCCCCAAAUUUCUGGAGUCUCAGUUUAGCCUGAGUGCUUCAGAGGCAGCAACUUGGUUCGGGUAUAUGGUGGUGCCAGCGGGCGGUGGUGGCACCUUCCUGGGUGGCUACAUUGUAAAGAAGCUAAACCUCCGCUGUCGUGGGAUCAUCCGUUUCUGCAUGCUGUGUGCGCUGGUCAGUCUGAUGGCCAUCUUCAUCUUUCUGCUACACUGUCCUAAUGUGCCCAUGGCAGGAGUGACUGCUCCCUACUACAGCAGUUUACCUCAAAACCACUACAAGCCGGGCAGCCUGACCGUGGGCUGUAACGUUGGAUGUCACUGUGUUAAGGAUUUGUUUAACCCUGUGUGUGGUACAGAUGGAGUGAUGUAUUUCUCUCCCUGCCAUGCCGGCUGCAGGUCCAUUAACCACACAUACAGCCCCAGGGGUAGACAGGUGUUCACUGGUUGUAGCUGUAUAGUAGGGAAUGUGUCAUGGGGAGAGGAGGGUUUUGCUGAAGAAGGGAAGUGUGUGUCAUCCUGCAAUCACAUGCCAACCUUCCUCACCUUCUUUUUUGUUGUCAUCUUCUUCACGUUCCUUUGCAGCAUCCCUGCACUCACUGCCACGCUCAGGUGUGUUCCUGACAGUCAAAGAUCAUUUGGACUUGGAAUCCAGUGGAUUGUAGUAAGAACACUAGGGGGGAUCCCUGGACCCAUAGCGUUUGGUUCAGUGAUUGACAUCUCUUGUCUGCUGUGGGAGGAGCAGUGUGGGGAAUAUGGCUCCUGUUACCUGUACCAUAACUCGGCUAUGAGCCAGUACUCACUCAUUGCAGGCAUCAUCUACAAGGUUUUAGGCACUCUAUUCUUCUUGCUGGCCAGCGUACUUUACCAGCCACCACCUGAGUCUCCUCAGAGCAGCUGUGAGAGCACAGAUGUGUGAGGACAUGACCUGCCAAUCAAAGACCUUCCCCCUGAAAUCAUCUCCAACCCACAUGCCAAGUUAUGGCCCCAGACUGCUAAUACACUGACACCUAAACUGAAAAUGUGAGAGUAUACAUUUGUGUGUGUGAAUAAGAUCAAACCAUUAUGGUUCACUGUGCCAAUUUCUUUCCAGCUCUACACUGUUCAGACCCUUCAUGCAGUUAUGUGCCUGUAAUUCUCAUAUACGUUCAUCUCCUCACCAGCCUAAGUGUCUUUUAUUAAAAACAAGAGACAUAGCAUCUUUUAUAGCCUCUCUGUCACAAUGAGUGACCAAAGGUCAGAGUUGAAAUGUCGCAAUGGGACCAAAAGUGCUGCAGGGGUUAUUUGUGAAAGGUGUUUCAAUUCUAGAUUGUUUUAAAUACAAGAUCUAACAAUAAAACAUUUCACAUUUUCACCACAUCAUAUGAGUUAAAAAUGCAUAGCCUACCAAAAAAAAACAAUAUUAAUUUGAGAAAAUACAAUGGGUUUAUAAUGAGAUCAUGUUGUUUAGAUAUAAUAAAAAAAAAAUUUUUUUUAAAAAUGCAAUUUUCUAAGGCAAAAGCCAUAUAGUUGAAUUCAGAAGUUUACAUGCACUUUGUCAUUAAAGUAAUUAAAACCCAUUUUUUUAUCCACUCCACAGAUUUAAUAUUAGCAAACUAUAGUUUUGGCAAGUCAUUUAGGAUAUCUACUUUGUGCCUGACACAUGUAAUUUUUCCAACAAUUGCUUACAGACAAUUGUUUGACUUUUUAUUGACUAUAUCACAAUUCCAGUGGGUCAGACAUUUACAUACACUAAGUUAACUGCUUUUAAUCAAUUUGGAAAAUUCCAGAAAAUUAUGUCAAUUAGCCAAUUAGCUUCUGAUAUGCUAAUUGGUUUCAAUUGGAGGUGUACCUGUGGAUGUAUUUUAAGGCCUAUAUUCAAACUCAGUGCCUCUUUGCUUGACAUCAUGGGAAAAUCUAAAUAAGUCAGCCAAGACCUCAAAUAAUGUGUAGACCUCCACAAGUCAUCCAUGGGAGCAAUUUCCAAAUGCCUGAAGGUACCACGUUCAGCUGUACAAACAAUAGUAUGCAAGUAUAAACACCAUGCCAUCAGGAAGGAGAUGCAUUCUGUCUCCUAGAGAUGAAUGUAGUUUGGUGCGAAAAGAGCAAAUGAAUCCCACACUUUGUGAAGAUGCUGGAGGAAACAGGUAGGCAAGUAUCUAUAUCCACAGUAAAACAAGCCCUAUAGCGGCAUAUCCAGAAAGGACUACAGUUUGCAAGUGCACAUGGGGACAAAGAUCUUUCUUUUUGGAGAAAUUUCUUCUGGUCUGAGGAAACAAAAAUGUUACUGUUUGGACAUAAUGACCAUCGUUAUGUUUGGAGGAAAAAGGGUGAGGCUUGCAAGUCUACUUCACAAAAUAGAUGGCAUCAUGAGGAAGGAAAAUGAUGUGGAUAUAUUGAAGCAACAUCUCAAGACAUCAGCCAGGAAGUUAUAGCUCAUCCCAAAUGGUUCUUCAAAAUGGACAAUGAUCCCAAGCAUACCUCCAAAGUUUGGCAAAAUGGCUUAAGGACAACAAAGUCAAGGUACUGGUGUGGCCAUCCCAAAGCCCUGACCUCAAGCCGUUAAAAGAAAUUGUGGGCAGAACUGAAAAAGCAUGUGCGAGCAAGGAGGCUGACAAACCUGACUCGGUUACACCAGUUCUGUCUGGAGGAAUGGGCCAAAAUUCCAGCAAAUUAUUGUGAGAAGCUUGUGGAAGGCUACCCAAAACAUUUGACCCAAUUUAAACAAUUUAAAGGCAAUGCCACCAAAUACUAACAAAGUGUAUGUAAACCUCUGACCCACUGGGAAUGUGAUGAAAGAAAUAAAAGUUGAAAUAAAUAAUUCUCUCUAUUAUUAUUCUGAUAUUAUACAUUCUUUUUUUUUCUCCCCAAAUUGGAAUGCCCAAUUCCCAAUGCAUUCUAGGUCCUCGUGGUGGCGUAGUGACUCGCCUCAAUCUGGGUGGCGGAGGACAAAUCUCAGUUGCCUCCACAUCUGAGACGUCAAUCCUAUCAUAUGACUUGAGUGCGUUACCAUGGAGAUAUAGCGUGUGUGGAGGCUUCAUGCUAUUCUCCAUGGCAUCCACGCUUAACUCACCACGUGCCCCACUGAGAGCGAGAACCCCUUGUGACUCUACCCUCCCUAACAGCCGGACAAAUUUGGUUGCUUAGGAGACCAGGCUGGAGUCACUCAGCACGCCCUGGAUUCAAACUUGCGACUCCAGGGGUGGUAGUCAGCGUCUUUACUCACUGAGCUACCAAAGCCCUGACAUUUCACAUUCUUAAAAUAAAGUAUUGAUCCUAACUGACCUAAGACAGGAAUAUUUUUUACAAUUAAAUGUCAGGAAUUGUGAAAAAACUGACUAAGGUGUAUAUAAACUUCUGACUUCAACUGUUUAUGAUUAGAAAAAGAGCACUUAUUAUAAAUAUGAUGAACCGAGAUAAAUAAUAUAAAACAGUACAGGUAUUAAACUAUUAAAAAAAAAAAUUAAGAUGGACUCAAAUGUUGCUGAAUUACACCUAAAGAAAAAGAUGAUAAUUGGUUACAAACUGUGCCUUUAAAGAGUUUAGCACCAGUUGGUAUGACUAUAGAUAAAGAGAUUAUAGUUCAAGAAAAUAUUCAUUGUAUACUUUGUCACCAAAUUUGCAAAUCUCUCUAAAUUGAACUUUAAAACAUUCACUUUACUCAUGGAAAUAUACAACAUCUUAACCAUGUACAGCAUUGAACUAUGUGCCAUUAAGUCAAGUUUUGUCCUGUAAUGCCACAUUAGGCAGUUCUAGUCCAGAUUCUGCCAGCAUGUGUCAUUCUUGUAUUUGAUUUCAUACAUUUUGAAAAUCUUUCACAUUUUAUUUUAAAAUGUGCCAAAAUACUGUAGCUCAGGACUGAGAGGCUUUGUGAUGUGAGAUCACAUAGAGAUGCAAAUGAGAGAUGGAGGAGGAGCAAGUUUUCAAAUGAAUCUUUUGUACUUCUAUUGCACGUUGAGUCCGAUAUUGCAUAGAGAAAGAAAGAUACUCUCCAGGAUAGGAUAUUCCUGAAAAGCAUUUCACCUUGAGAUUACACAGAAAAUUAUUCUAAGAGCUAUUCAGCUGCAUUUUUGUGAAACAAAAAAUGUGUUAAGCUAAAUAGGAAUAAUCUCUUUGUGAUUAUUAAUGGAAUAGUUCGCCAAAAAAUGAAGAUUCAUAAACAUAUACAUUUUUCUUUCUUAUUUGGAACACGAUGAUAUAUAUUGAACACAGCUUUUUUUUAUAUAUAUACAUUAAAGUGAAUGGUGACUUGAGUUCUGCCUAACAUCUCUUUUUUUUAUCUUCUGUAGAAAAAAGUAAUAUGGGUAUGAAACAUUCGGGUAAAAGAUGACAGAGUAGUCCCUAAAACAGCAGAGUCUGUUGAGGUUUGCUCUGGUUGAACAUGGCACUACCCUGUUUGAAAUAAGCAGUCGAGCUGCUUGAGUCCAAAUAUGAGAAGCAUAACUGAUAACGGCUUAAUAAACAUAAUUUCCUUUAAUUAUUUAAGUGCUAUUAAAUGCAUCUCACCAAUGAUACUUUAUGUGAAGGUUUUCUAUUUAUUAAAUGCCUUGGUUAUAAUACAUUUUGUCAGAUUGUACCAGCCUGAAUGAGUGUUUAUUAUUUUGCACAUUUUUGAAUUUCCCUAAUGUGAAGGAUUUCUGCUUAAUUUACAUUGAUGGCAUACCAUGAAUGAAAAAGAUGCACUCGAAAAUUGAGGAUUUGCACAGUUAAUUCAAACAUGCAACAAUGAAAGACUAAUGUGAUGCUGAAUGGUAUUUUAAUUUCUGUUGGUUCAUAUAUUGGAUUUUUUACACCAAUGACUGAAAGAAACAUGUCUCCUAAAUUACUUGUUUUGUCCCAAAAAAGGAUUUUGUGAGUUGGCCUGUUAUUGUCUUUAUUGAUAUAUGUUCAUAUGAAUUAAGAUUUCUUGACACUGUUUCUAAUCACAAUGCAAUUAGUUUUGGUACUUUCUUUGUCAAGUAAUUUUUUAUGCAAAUGUUUCAAAUAAAAGUUGUA